AUGUUGUGCGCCUCAAAUUCCCGCGAUUGCGUCUAUCCAGUCAUCGUCGACAAGGUAUCAGUGCCUCGGACUGAACUGGAAGAGUUGAGACGAAAAGUGGACAUUUUUGAGAAACUGCUUGCAGAGGGCCUCCUCGAUCAUGAGAGGCAACAAAGUAUCGGACGAUUUGGUACCGACUCAGAGGUUUCGCCAUCAACAUCAAGAUUGCUUGACGCUUCUCAGUUGAAGAUCUCCGCCAGCGAGGAGUCCCCUGACGGCAUUCUUACUAAAUUGGAGCCAUCAGAGAGCCAAGGCAUAGGGACGCCAGCUCGUCUGUUUGAGGACUCCGAUGGCAUCGGUCGCUACUUGGGUGAGAGCAGUGGCGCGGCAUUCCUCGGCCAUCUCAAAGAACGUCUGACUGCGGCAAUUCUCUUGGCACAGCAAGAUCAGCCUGCGCUCUCUACCGAACAAGCUCUCUCCAAUCUAGGGCAUCCUAUAUACGACUAUCCCCCGCUCAAAGAUUUGGCCGUCAACCCGUUUUGGCUACCCUCCGAUGCUACUCUUACUGCUGGAAUGGCAAUGCUGCGGGACAUUGUUCAAGAUGGGCCAGGAAACUGGCCAAGCGGCGGUAUCUACUGGUGGGGAGAUUUGGAGACUCUUCCAGCUCGUCCACCCUUAUCUAUGAUGCCGGCGGGGGAUGCAAUCGAGUAUCGAUAUUUGGCGUUCUACAACGCAGGCUUGGCUUUGGUCUCUGAGGCUGCAGCAUUGUGGAGGCCCCGGGACCAGGAGAGUCAGGAGUUCUGUGAUCUGACAACAGGGGAUCAAUAUUAUGCCCGGGCCAACAUGCUUGCAGGUAAUCCCUUGAAUGUCAAAGGGCGCACCAUCAAGGAUGUUGCUGCACUGGGCAUGCUAGCUUUGUACUUGAUCGAGAUAUGUGCACAGGAUGCUGCAUACAUGUGCAUUACUACUGCAAUCCACCUUAGCAUCGCAUUGGGUGCUCAUAGGUUGUGGGCUGAUGAGCGAAGCAAGAGAAUAUUCUGGUCUACCUACAUCGUGGACAGAUGGUUAAGUUGCCUAUUGGGACGACCUCACUCGAUUUCCGAUGAUGAUAUUCACCUACCUCUUCCAGAAAACGCUCCCUCCUUGCCUCCUGCAGCAGGCUUGCGAGCCCAUGUAGAACUGUCGCGCAUCUCCGGCCAUGUUGUCAAGAAUACCCAUCACAAAGCAGGAGCUAGAACCAACGACCUAGAACCUGAGCAUACCAUCCAAAAACUAGAGGCAUGGAAGCAUAGCCUUCCACCAGAGCUACAGCUCUCCAAAGACGGUACGAGUAACGACGUGGCAUGUUCCCUGCUACAUAUGAGGCGCAAUCAGCUUUUCAUAGUCGCGCUACGGCCGUAUUUCUAUUCGGCUAUUGAGACGAGAUUGGCAAGUUGUCGCGUCCAAUCUCCUCCGCCUCGACCAAGCUCCCAGUUUGAGCAUUUAAAGCGUUGCGUCGCCGCUGGAAGACGAAAUAUACGACUUGCCGCGGGUCUUGUCGGUCGGCGAAUGAUGCUGCAUCCUAUCGGCCAUUACAUCUUUAAUGCCGGCAUCUGCAUUAUCCUUGGAAACCUGGUUUUGUCCCACGAAAUAUCCCCCGAGCAAAUCGAGGCUGACAACCGAGAUAUCGAGUUUGCUAUUCAGAGGGAGGCCGAGACUUUCCCGCCUGACACUGAUGAUCCAGCAUCUCUGGCGGACAUUCUAAGGGAACUUCAGGCAUUAGCUGGCAAAUUGACGACAGCUCCUUCGGUGUGCCAAUAUGACGUUGAGGUCGCUGAGUCGUACCUACUCCCUCAACAGCAACAGCAACUUACGCAAGAAAUUGAGCAGUUUUCUGCGCAGGUGGGAGAAAAUAAUAUGCUCUACGACGAGCUGAUGGGAUGGAUGGGUGAUAAUUGGCCCAUGUACGAUGUGGCAUAUAUGGGCGAACAGCCGUAG